AUGGUAGAAAUAUACGAGCGCCCUGGGCCCCCAGACCCUCCAGCUGAGGACGAAGACUGGCCCCAUGAAGACGGCAUUCCCGAUGACGAUGUCAAAUCCGCCAUAGCCGCCAUCAAGCACGCCAGACAGUUCUGGGAUAAGUAUGAAGACCCCACUAGCAGGAAAGCCAAGCAGAAAGAGAAGUUCUAUACCUUACUAGACGGUCACAUCGCGCGACUCGAGGAUGUUUGGGAAGCUGUAGCUUCAUACAACGCAGAUAACUUCUCGUACACGUCGCGAAAGUCAACAAUGGAUGCCAAACUGCGGGAUCCCGAACUCCUUAGCUUGUGGGAAGAGCUAAUCGCCGAACAAGAGGCAAAAGACGAGAACGACGACACUAUGGAACCGCUCCAUAAGGUGGAGCAGAAGCUUCGUCGAAUCGCGCUGACGGGUAUACAAGUCGGUUAUCUGACCAAAAAGCACGGCAAGAAAGAGAAGGCAUCGUAUGGACCUGACGUUCGGAAGCCGGUGUAUGUCUCCUGGUCAAAGGAUCAGAAGCCGCUAUAUCGGACGUACACGGGGAUGCUAGUUCGCCAGCCAGACAUGGUAUGGCUGCCGAACGCGACAGUCUUUGCAGCUGAGAAGGAAGCCAAGAUUCGAUGGCGCGAUGUCAGGGGCGUAUUGACCCUGUACGAGACAAAGCAGCUGAACAAGACGGAGCUUGAAUGGUUCUUAUUGAACCAUGCAGUUAGAGACGUCGCUAUCGGAUACAGGAAGCAGCUUUUGCCGGAACACGACACCGCAGCUACCAACCAGUCCUGGAGUAUCUGGCAGAAUCGGGUCGACACCAAUGAGCUUUGGGCAGCUAAGCUGGCGUCUUUACGAAAGCUUACCCCCAAAGCAAACAGCGCUACAGCCGCAUACGCAGCGGCAUAUUUGGAGCACUACCGAGAGUAUGAGCCUAAUCUGAAGACCAUGCGCGACUGCGAAGUUGACAAGUUCAUAGUCCAGUUCUUGGAUGCAAGAGUACUGCGACCGGAAGCUGGUACGGACGAUGAUUUGAAGCUCAAGCCAUACAAGUCUCCUAGGGAUGUCGGUAUCUUUGCGUCCAACUAG